CCGUAGGCUCGUUCUCGACCGGUUGCCUUGUUAGAGGACGUUGGAGUCACAGUCAGGAGGGGCGCUGCAUCAAAUAUUCAUUUUAAAACAGAAAAUACUCUCAAAUUCAACCUAACAUGUUCUCCCGCAUUGCCAGACCAACAGCUACCCUCGCCCGGAGCUUGUCCACAUCCUCCCAGAAUAAUGCAAAGGUAGCUGUGUUGGGUGCCUCAGGUGGCAUCGGGCAGCCCCUGUCCCUCCUGUUGAAGAACAGCCCUUUAGUGAGCCAGCUUUCCCUUUAUGAUAUCGCCCACACUCCUGGAGUGGCUGCUGACCUCAGCCACAUUGAGACAAGAGCCCACGUCACAGGGUACAUGGGGCCAGAUCAGCUGGGUGAUGCGUUGAAAGGCUGUGAAGUUGUUGUCAUCCCUGCCGGUGUCCCAAGGAAGCCUGGUAUGACCCGUGAUGAUCUGUUCAACACCAAUGCCACCAUUGUGGCCACACUAGCUGAUGCCUGUGCCCGCCAUUGCCCUCAGGCCAUGAUUUGCAUAAUUUCAAACCCAGUGAACUCUACUAUCCCCAUUACAUCAGAAAUUAUGAAGAAGCAUGGUGUGUACAACCCCAACAGAGUCUUUGGUGUCACAACACUGGACAUUGUCAGAGCAAACACUUUUGUCGCUGAGCUUAAAGGUCUUGACCCUGCCAGAGUCAAUGUGCCUGUUGUCGGAGGUCAUGCAGGAAAGACCAUCAUUCCUCUCAUUUCACAGUGCACCCCCAAGGUUGAGUUCCCUGCAGAACAGCUGUCUGCUUUGACCGGCAGGAUUCAGGAAGCUGGAACUGAGGUUGUGAAGGCUAAAGCUGGUGCAGGCUCUGCCACGUUGUCCAUGGCCUACGCUGGAGCAAGGUUCACAUUCUCUCUCCUGGACGCCAUGAACGGAAAGGAGGGUGUUGUUGAAUGUGCGUUUGUGAGAUCUGAGGAGACUGAAUGUAAAUACUUCUCUACACCUCUGCUGUUGGGGAAAAAUGGCAUUGAGAAGAACCUCGGCCUUGGCAAGCUCUCAGCCUUUGAGGAGAAGCUGGUUGCUGAAGCUAUGGAUGAGCUAAAGGGCUCCAUCAAGAAAGGAGAAGACUUUGCUGCAAAGAUGAAGUGAUCUGUUUUUGCAUUACCGUCUGUGGAAUAUCAUUUAUUUAUAUAGUCGAGUCCUUGUAUGUCAACUGGGUUUCCUCGAAAUGUAUUUUCAUCAUGUUGAAAGAGCAGCCAGUGUUUAUACUGAUUACAUGGUCAAAUCCAACCAUCAAUAAAACUGUCUGCUUAACCAA